CUUUUCUGUGCGGCUUCGGAGCUGCAGCAAACAAAAAUGCAAAUAAAAGUCGCACAGCUGAGUCCAUCACUUUUUUGCAUCAUUAUUUACCUGUACAUCUCAUUGGAUAGAAAGGAAGAAGGAACACCUUCAUUCCGCUUUGAGAAGGGAAGGGAAGGGCAGGAUGGCGUGCUCAAGCCAACUAAGGUACUUACCCCACAUUGGGGAUCGCCGACCUCACCCUCACCUGUACCUACCUUACCUGCUUACCUACCUACAGUGCCAGCCCACCAACAGCAGAGCUCGGGAGGAGGAAACUGGCUCAUAAAAGACGCCGCCCACUCCUCGAAUUUCUCCCAGCUUCAUCACUUACACUCCCCAGAUACACAAACCGAAAGAAAACGUAGAAACCUUCACAAUGGCGCCUCCAUCAACAAACUUCGAGACCCUUCAAUUGCACGCUGGUCAAGAACCAGACCCAGCAACCAAUGCACGCGCAGUCCCAAUCUAUGCCACUACCUCCUUCACAUUCAAUGAUUCUGCUCAUGGCGCCCGAUUGUUCGGUCUCAAGGAAUUUGGAAACAUCUACAGUCGGAUUAUGAAUCCAACAGUCGAUGUUUUCGAAAAGCGAAUUGCAGCUCUCGAGGGCGGUGUGGCGGCAGUAGCAGCCAGUUCCGGGCAAGCGGCUCAAUUUAUGGCAAUUGCAGCUCUUGCACAUGCUGGUGAUAAUAUCGUAUCCACAACGAACCUGUACGGAGGAACCUACAACCAACUGAAGGUCUUUCUUCCCAGACUCGGCAUCAAUACCAAGUUCGUCAACGGAGACAAGCCAGAGGAUUUUGCUGCUGCAAUCGAUGAGAACACAAAGGCUGUCUACAUUGAGAGCAUUGGAAACCCAAAGUACAACAUUCCAGAUUUCGAGGCUAUUGCGAAGGUCGCUCAUGAUCACGGCGUCCCUCUCGUUGUUGACAAUACAUUUGGAGCAGGAGGUUAUUUCGUUCGUCCAAUCGACCAUGGAGCUGAUAUCGUGGUUCACUCAGCCACUAAGUGGAUCGGUGGUCACGGAACUACAAUUGGAGGUAUUGUGGUUGAUUCCGGAAAGUUCGACUGGGGCAAGAACGCGAAGCGAUUCCCUGAGAUGGUUGAGCCAUCCCCAGGAUACCACGGCCUGAAGUUCUGGGAGACCUUUGGACCCAUCACAUUUGCUAUUCGUGUCCGUGUUGAGAUACUCCGGGAUUUGGGAAGCUCUCUCAAUCCAUUUGGUGCCUUUCAACUUCUUCAAGGUAUCGAGACAUUGAGCUUACGUGCUGAGCGCCAUGCGCAAAAUUCCCUUGCCCUUGCUAGAUGGUUGGAGAAGAGCCCACACGUCUCAUGGGUCUCAUACCCAGGCCUCGAGAGCCAUCCUUCGCACGAGUUAGCCAAGAAGUAUCUCCCACGAGGUUUCGGUGGCGUACUGAGCUUUGGCGUUAAGGGUGGUGGAGCUGCUGGCAGCCAGGUCGUUGACGGUUUUAAGCUGAUUUCUAACUUGGCCAAUGUUGGAGACUCCAAGACCUUGGCUAUCCACCCAUGGUCAACUACCCAUGAGCAGUUAUCUGAGGAUGAGAGACUUGCGUCUGGUGUCACUGAGGACCUCAUCCGUAUCUCAGUUGGCACAGAACACAUCGACGACAUUAUUGGCGAUUUCCAACAAUCCUUCGAGGCAUCUGCAGCAGCCAAGACUACCGGAGGAGCUGAUAACUCGACUGCCACCGGUAAUGCAGGCGGUGACGCUAAGUUGGUCGUCUAG